ACGCGCGCCACCAUGAGCGCGCUGGCAGAGUCGAGCCCCGAGGUGGGCUCGUCGAGGAAGAGCAGCACGGGGUCGUGGACGAUCUCCGCCCCGAUGGACACGCGCCGCCGCUCCCCGCCGGACACGCCGCGGUGGGACUCGUCGCCGAUGAUGGUGGACGCGGCCGGCCGGAGCCCCAGCUGGUCGAUCAGGGCCCGCACGCGCGCCCGCUUCUUCUCCCGCGGGAGCGACCGCGGGAGCCGGAACUCGGCGGCGAAGGUGAGCGUCUCCUCCACGGUGAGCAUGGGGAAGAGGAGGUCGUCCUGCAUCACGUACGCGGAGAUGGACCGGAGGAGCCGGCCGCUGACGCGCUCGCCGUUCAGGGUCACGGACCCGCCCAGGCGCCGCCGGGGGAUGCGGUUCGCCAGCGCGUCGAUCAGCGUUGACUUGCCUCUCCCGCUCGCGCCCAUGAUCGCCAGGAUCUCCCCCUCGCGCGCCUCCCCCGACACCGCCUCCAGCAGCGUGCGGUGCCCCUCCGCCCGCGCCCGGAGCAGCCGCGGCCACCGCCUCCCGGCGCGGACGCGGUAGCUGACGUC